GCACAUUUCUCCCCUCUCUCUCUCUCUCUCUCUCUUUCGCAGUUUCUCUUGCCUAUACCCCCCUCUCUCUCUGUCUCUCGCUCACAUACUCACCCGCCCCUCGGCUUGGUCGGUCAAUCAUCUGUCUUCUCUUGGAUGGACUUGACUCCACCGCUUGUUUUCACUUCUCGGUCACUCCCACUGGUGGCCCCCAGUGACCAGUGAGUGGCCCUUUUGCCCCGGCCCCCGGCCUCUCUCCCUCUGCGUUAGUUCUUUUGCAAGUGAGAAUCGCCGCCGCCUUUGGUUGGGGCCCAAGAAGCCGGCUCACCCACGGGAGGAGGGGCGCAGGGUUAUUUUUAAUUUUGACUCUUUUUUGGGUCGACUUUUGGCGGGUGAACGGGGAGAUUGGCGGUGCGAUGGACAAACAGCACAUUGCCCAUCACAGCACAAAACUAACAUUUCGGGCGUAGUCAUGUCUUUACACUCGACACUACGACCCUACUACGGCCGUCUUUGACAGAUACCGACGUUGAUAGACACGGUAGACGCGGAAUAGCGCCGAGCGUCUGCUCGUCUAAGGAAAUCCCAGACUACCUACCUCACGGCUGGUUACCUUUACCUUUGACUACGAACGACUACCGAAUGUUGGGGCAAGCUGCUCGGGUCCCGUGUCAAUACACGCCCGAACAUCAAGACAUGAUGAUGGCCGUUGACAUCAAGCUCAUCAGACAUGACAAGGAAUCUUUUAGUUAGCACCUAUUCAUCCAUGCCGGCGGCGACUUCGACCCAUUAUCUCCUGUAUUCCUGUACUCCUCUCAUUCUUCUUCACCCCCAUUUGAUGAGUACGUACUCAUCUUCUUCCGCCCUGCCGGAUUCUUUUUGUAGUCGUCCCAUCCUCGAUGAGAAAUAACUAUUCUUUACAUCUCUCAUUCUCAUUCUCGUUCAUUCGUCUGCUCCCCCCCAGUCUCUCCAUGCAUUAAAGUACAUGCACACGCCUGCGUUACCUUGUGUACAUACGGACACACGCACAGCCAAUCCUUACCAUCUCCCUCGCCUCCAUUUUUUGGCUGACCAUAGCCGGGAUCCCUGCUCUUAUUCCCCUUCCCAUCUCAGAGUCCCAUCUCACCCCAAUCCAUCCCAUCCCUUCAUACUGUACCUAUCUCAACAGGGCAUCGCGAUUCACUCCUGCCCCCCUUACGGACGACAACGAUACGGAGAGAAGGAAGAAGAAGAAUAAGCUCCGCGACGCACCAGUCUUCACCGACACACUCCAAGCCUCUCUGUCCAACAGGCUUAACCCCAGCCGCGGACGAUUGUGUCAGAAUCCGCGAAAACCCUGUUUCUCGGAUACAGAAUCUGUUGGAUCUGUCAUUACUGAGGCCACUCACUCGGUCUCUGUCACCUUUGGAAAAGGCAUACGCAGUUGGAAAGAGCCAGGACAAAAGUGUACGAAUACACUGCGUCUACUCUCACACAUUCGACACCCACGACACACACACCACGUAUACAUACACACACACAAGUACAUAGACACAUCUCGCACAUCGCUGAGAGAGUGUGUGUGAGAGAGAGAGUUAAUGACCCGGUACGUACGGAUUUCACACUGCCUAGUCCCAGCAACGAUCCCAGCACGGACGGCCCCUCCCCUCCACAGUCCACACAUGUCCCUGUCCCAUCCAUUCUCUGUCUCCUCUCAUAGCCCUGCACCUUGCACCCGCACCUACGCCUGGGGUCUGCGCACCUGGACAUCUCAUUCACACAUCCACACACACACUCGCACUCACUCACACACACACACCCACCCUCGCCCAGAUGGAGAAGCACCAGCUGCAGCAACCUGCACAGCACAGCUGUUUUUCUCUUUGCUUUCUUUUCCUCUGCCCUUGCUCACAGGUCAUGCCCCGUUAUUCCCACCCGGUGGUCAUGCCUUGCCCCGAUUAGGCCGGCACCUGGUGUGGCACUUCUCAACCGUGUGUGCCGCCCUCUUCCUGAGCCAAAAGCCAGACUGGACGGAGCCUGUGUGUGAGUGGUGUGCAUCCAUGUGUGUGUGAGGGUUGUGCUGUGCCUGCUGCGGCCACUGUCUCUCAUCCUCUUGGGGGACGUGAGGGUGAGGUGCCAUUAUUUAACUGUAUCUGUCCCCGGCCCAUUUACCACCGCCUUUUCCUGUCUCCCCUCCUCUCAGCCUACAUCAAACAUCAAAUCUCAUCAGCCUCGUUGAGCUGCUCGCGCUGUCCUGAACCACAUUCGCUUUUUUCUAACUCUACUCUUAGGAAGUCCUCGUUGACUCCUGUCAUUCGCUUUCGCGUUCUUGUGUUUUUCUUUUUCCGCCAAAAUCUCAAAACCCUCCUCCAAGCCAACCACCUCCAGCCCUCUUGUUUCAAUUAUCUCUCUCCCAACAAGAUCCCCGGAAGAGAAACAGAACAGAACACAAAAAGGAAAGGGAAAACCUAACCCUCCAACCCGCGCUCAGUCUACCCCAGCAGCCUCAGCCUCGAAGCAUUCAUCGCCAAAUACCCUGGUCUCCAGCCUCAACAACUCCUGGGAUUCGCUAGCUUACAACCCCGCCUCUCCCACAACUCGGCUUACAACCAGCAAAUGCUCCAUCACUGAAUAUCGGUCUUCUGAUCAACCACACUCGCUUUUCGGAAACAGAGGACUCGAGAUAUACAACGGAAAUUUGGGAAACUCAGAACCCGCCCACCCACGAUCGCUAUUAGUAUCAGGAACUGGGAAUAGAAGAAGAAGAGAAAAGAAAGGGAUCAAGGACAGAAAGAGACGUAAGAGGAACCCGCCAAAUCGAUUAUCGAGCAAAGCGGCUUUCUUUACCAAUUUUCUGUCAUUGCCUCACACCAAGCGCCUGACCAACCUGCUGCCGGUCGCUUACACAUCCGCGGACGCAUUUGCUCCUUUGCAUCGCUCGCCCCGGUCCAUCGACACUCUCGCGCAGUAUUAAAGUCUAGUCUUGAGACUAAGCCUUACGUUGCUUUCCCAGUAACGAUCCUCCACUCGCUACCCGUACACGGUCAUCUGUCCGUGUAUACUCCCGUGUACGUGUUGCGCCUGCCCAUCGUUUCCCGCUUUACACUGACACGUAUAGUUCUUUCGUUUAGUUCAUCCCCGCGCUCACAAUGGCCGGUCCUGGUGGUGGUCCUCCCCGCCGCAGUCACACCAAGUCCCGCAAGGGCUGUGAGACUUGCAAACGCCGUCACAUCAGAUGCGACGAGAACUUUCCCCAAUGCCGCAACUGCACCAAGCACAAGAUUCGCUGCCCCUACAACGACAUGCCCAUGCCCGAGGACAGGUCAACAACGCCCGACAAGCCCGACCUCAUGUGGACUCCUGAGGUCGAAGCAGAAAUCUCGCAGUGGCAACAGACGGGAAUGUUCCCGUUCCCCAACCUCGGCAUCUACCCGGCACCGAACCCUCAGUACUUGUCCGUAGAGGAUCUUAGAUUGAUCUACCACGUAGCAUCCAUCUGCAACGAGUUGGCUACCUUUGAUGCCAACGGCUUCACCCUCUGGACACGCCAGAUUCCCACUAUCAUCAAGAUCGGAGCCACGAACCCGUAUGUCAUGCAUGCGCUUUUGGCUUUCUCGGCCACGCACAUUGCCUUCCUGACCGACUGCCCCCUGGUGGGCAACAUGGCGUACGAGCACCGCGGCGUCGCCCUCAAGGGUCUGCAGGAGGCUAUUGGCAUGUUCGACCGCGAGACGUCGGAUGCCGUCUUGGCAGCCUCUCUUGUCCUGUCGUGGCAAGCCACAGAUUGGCGAAGCUGGACCCAGCUCAUGCAAGGAACCUCAUCGGUCAUCGAGGCCAUGGACUCCUGGAAGCACGAGUCUCAAUUUGGUGACUUCAUCGCCGAGAGCUGCACAUUCCCAACCGCUCCUGCCUCUCCCAGUCCGGAUCACAAGCCGAGCCAGCCACGCAAGGAGGAUAUUGACGCCUUUAACCGCACCCUGAGCCAGCUUCAAAAGGUCGAGGCCCAUCUCAAGCACAACAAGGAGGACACCAAGUCAAUCCAGCAGUUGAUCAGCUUCCUCAAGGGCGCCCGCAAGGUCAGCCCCACGCUGUCCGUCUCCCAGCAGUUUGAGCGCCUUCGUCCCCUGCGGACGUGGCUCUUCUGGCUGCCGGUCAUGUACCUCAAGCAGACGGGCGGCUCGCCCAGCGCACUCACCAUCAUUGCCUACUAUUACACGGUGGCCCUGAUCAUGGAGCGUCUGUUCACUGAGAUUGGUGCCGCCUACUUUGGCAGUCUGUCCAUUGGCCCCGUUGAGGAAAUCGCCCGCCGCCUCCUGUCUAUCAAUAUCUCGGCCAACCACGACGGCGACCUGCAGACCCCCCUGACGCUCAUGGAGUUCCCCAUCGACACGGUCAACGAGUUCCGCUCGAGGAUGGGUUGGAUCCAGCCCGCGAGAACGCCCUCGUUCCCGCAAUUCAACCCUCCCAACUUCUACAUGAACGAGCCAGUACCCCUGCCUCCCGUCAGCGACUCGUAUCUGCCAUAUGGUCACAACCCUGCCUUCAGCUACAGUACCGAGUCCCUGCAGAUGCUCAAUGCUGAGUCGGCGCCGCCCAGCAACGUCUCCCCCUUGGUGCUGUCGUCCCCGUACGUCAACUCGCAGUACCUCAACAUCCCCAGCCCCAACUACGGCGGCUACAGCCCGGCCUCUUCGACAUUUGAGGGCUCCGUUGCCUACAGUGACAACGAGGAGUACGGCUCGUACGAGAGCUAUGACAUGAGCGGCGUGCCUACCCCCAUCGUCGGCGGUUCCCACAACUUUGGCGUCGGGAUGCCCACCACCCCUACCUACCCGCCACCGGAGGAUUCCAACGUCCUAGCAUCAUCUUCGCUCAAUACGUUGCCCCCAUCCCCGUUCCUCCAUCCCGAACUCUUCGGCAUGCUCCCCCUUCCCGAGUCACCAGUUCCUCGCGGCAUGCCUCUCCCACGUCACCGGCAUACACCAUCCUCCUCCGUCUCCGUCACGGGCGACUCUCCCAUGUCGGUCAGCGCACCCUUCCCGCCGCGCAACCAACAGCGAGUGCCAUCGACACCGACCUUCCAGUUCAACAGCGAGAAGGGCAAGGAGCGCGAGACAUGAUGAGUCUCUCCACCCGCUCCCUGCUUCCCACUCUCCACCCCACCCUCGAGUUCUUUUUCAUUACCAUCGUUUGGGACCCCCUUUGAUUUCGAAACAUCUUUAAUAAUACCUGCUGCAUCGACACAAUACGCCAAUGUACACUACACUCCUUUCGAGAGAGAUCAACCGGUUGAUCCGGGGCGCCAGACGCCGCCGCAUCGCCACGACUAUCCUUUUCAACCACCAACUAUAUACGACCUCAACGGCGACAACUGCCUCACAUUAAUCUACGACGACACUCCCUUAAUUAUCGAAGAUGAUACCCCCGAUCCACCACAAAACCAUAGACGUUCCCUACUCUCACCGGCAUCGGAUGAUACCCAGUGCACCACACUCCUUUUUAUGACUUGACGACAGAAGAAAAAGCAUCUCGAAUUAGAGAGACGGGGGGAAGAAAGAAAGAUACACACACUCCUUAUGGAUCACAUUGGCACCUACAAUCCAAACUUGCAUAGCGAUCUGUUUUCGUGUUUGAUGCAAAACACACACACACACAACACACACUCGGCGUUACAAAGGAGUUUACAACACAACACAGCACAAGGGAAACACUUGGAUGGAUGGCUCGAAACCUCCAAACUGCAUUGGGCGGAGUUACAAGUUUUGCUUUUUUGAUCUUAUUUUUUUAUUGGACGUUGCCGCGGAUAGAGAAGGCUUGCCUCUCGCCGCCAGAAUUUUCUGAACUGUACCGAGGACGAAAAGAGUUUUGGAUUUAAUGAGCUUUGGUACUACUUCACUCCAUCGGAGAGAGAGAAAACAGCGGAUGCUUCUUGAGCGUCGGGGAUUUUUUUGUAAUGAGUUUCCCGUAUGGUUUAGCUUUAGCUUGAGCUUGCAGACUUGGCUUCGGGGUCUUUGCUGCCGCCAUCUCGCUCUACUAUUGAGCAGGGGAUGAUAGGGCCUUUUUUUUUUCGGUGCGUGGAAGAAAUAUACAAACCAGUUUGACGACGCGC